AUGGUUCACUCCAGCGACCUCGACAGUCCAACAGAAAUAAACGAUUUUGAUCAUACGCCUUACUUUGAUUAUCAUCACUUGAAAGCAAUCGAAAGUCAUGACAGUAAAUAUCUAUGUCAAAAUCUAUCAGUUUCGCCGGUUCAACACCAUUUAUCAGAGUUGAAUCUGGAAAAUGACGAUCCGAACGCCUUGAAGGCAUCGGAUGCCACACAGAAUCCACAAGCAAAAAUAGAAAAAGAUGAUAAUGUGAUCACUGCUGAGCUGAGAGAACUUUAUGGUGCACUUCAAAAAUGUUUAGAGUUGCGAGAAAGAUAUAUUGCUGAAUCAAGACAACGACUCUUUGACGAUCCACGUAAUCAAGACGACUGGGAGAUCUAUCCACCUCCACCUCCACCUUCUUGGCCGCUGCCUUCUCCAGAAGAACUUGAACGUCGUAAGGCUAAAGAAAAGGCGCGUGAAGCUGAUCCGGUUGCUGCGGUCGGCUCCGACUUUAACUUUGACCACUGCAAGAUUCCUGGAGAGCACGAGUAUGAUUAUCGGAUGGGUCCAGAUGGAUUCUUUGUCGUCUACAAUGACCAACAGCCGAUCCAUUCCGUGACUUCACCUAAACAGUUUUAUGAGGACUUGGAGUAUGUCCUUAAUGUUAUCAGCGACGGACCUGCCAAAAGCUUUGCAUUCAGAAGACUCCGUUAUCUGGAUUCUAAAUGGCAAAUGUAUAUCCUCUUGAAUGAAUUCCAAGAGCUCGCAGACUCCAAGAGGGUGCCUCAUCGUGACUUUUAUAAUGUCAGAAAGGUUGAUACCCACGUUCACCACUCGAGCAGUAUGAAUCAAAAGCACUUGCUUCGUUUUAUAAAGUCAAAGAUGAAAAAAUGCUCAGAUGAUGUUGUCAUUUAUAGAGAUGGGCAUGAACUGACACUGAAAGGUGUCUUUGAAAGCUUGGGUCUUACUGCCUAUGACUUGAGCAUCGACACUCUAGAUAUGCACGCUCAUAAAGAUUCAUUUCACCGUUUUGACAAGUUCAACUUGAAGUAUAAUCCUAUAGGUGAAAGUCGACUAAGAGAAAUAUUCAUGAAGACAGACAAUUAUAUUCAAGGCCGAUAUCUAGCAGAAAUCACAAAAGAAGUUGUCUCUGAUCUCGAAUCAUCUAAGUAUCAAAUGGUGGAAUAUCGAGUAUCGAUCUAUGGAAGGUCCUUGGACGAAUGGGACAAACUCGCCAAGUGGGUCGUGAACAAUAAGCUUUUUUCAGCAAAUGUACGCUGGCUAAUUCAAAUACCGCGACUUUACAACAUUUACAAAUCCUCCAACGCUAUCAAGAGCUUUCAUGACAUUAUCAUCAACGUAUUUCAGCCCUUGUUUGAAGUGACCAAGGAUCCUGCAUCGCACCCCGAGUUACACGUUUUCCUUCAACGUGUCAUCGGUUUUGAUACUGUAGAUGAUGAGUCUAAACCAGAAAAGCCAGUCUAUAAGGAUUGUCCACUGCCUGAUCAAUGGACUUCGAAUAACAAUCCUCACUAUAGCUACUACCUCUACUAUAUGUAUGCAAACAUGGCCUCUUUGAACAGGUGGAGACAAAUCCGUGGUUUUACCACGUUUGUGCUUAGACCUCACUGUGGUGAGGCAGGUGAUACUGCGCAUCUGGCCGCAGCCUUCCUAACGUCCUAUGGCAUUAGCCACGGUAUCUUACUUCGUAAGGUGCCAGCUCUUCAGUACCUUUACUAUCUUGCUCAAAUCGGCAUUGCUAUGUCCCCACUCUCGAAUAAUGCUCUUUUCUUGACUUACGAACGUAACCCAUUGCCUCACUUCUUCCAACGCGGCUUAAACAUUUCUUUGUCGACGGAUGAUCCACUUCAGUUCCAUUUUACAAAAGAGCCAUUGAUUGAAGAAUACAGUGUCGCGGCACAGAUUUGGAAGCUUUCGUCCACCGAUAUGUGCGAAUUGGCCCGUAAUUCGGUCAUCCAGUCAGGUUGGGAAAACAAGAUCAAGAAGCACUGGAUUGGAAAGAACUGGUACAAGUCUGGUGUCGAAGGUAACGAUAUGCAAAAGACGAAUGUACCUGAUAUCCGAGUCAAGUUCCGUUAUGAGACUCUGAAGGAAGAGCUGGACACAUUAGCUCGACAUGCGCCUACGAAAAAGCAAGAACAACAGCUAACAAAGGAAGACUAUGUGGGUGUUGCUGGUAUCGCUGAAACUUCAUCUCAGAUUCAACAGUAUCUCAUGAGCCAUCAAAAUGGCCAAGAUAAUAAUAAUAAUAAUAAUAAUGACUGGAUAGAUAACCAAAUGGGAUCUUUCCCUGGUGCAGGCUUAGUUGCAGAGCGUGCAAAGCUUAGAAAAUCGUCUACUACAUCAAAUUAUUAA